AUGAGCAGCACUUCGUUACAUUCAGACAAAAUGGGCAGUGUACCAGCGCCAGUCUCACUAUCCCAUCCUGACGCGGCACACUGGAACAGGGAGUUGAUGCUCGAGUUUCAGGCCAUUCUGGAGAAGGACCCAGCGGCGGACUUGAUGUCAAUGUUCUCUGAGGCUUACCUCCGUGAACAUCAAAAAGUCCUUGACAGUCAGCUGUCUUAUGCCGGGCUUAUCAAUCGCCGUGUAUUAAGCGGCCUUCAAGACGACCUGCGACGUGACCCGGAAGCCAACCUGCUAUCAAACUUCCCGAAGAACUAUACUCGCCGAAUUACAAUGGCGCUUGGAGCGAAAGCCGCGUUAAAGGAGAAACAAGAGCCUGAGGUGAAGGCGCCUGAGUUCAGAGAAUGUCACCUCGACCGUGCAGAGACUGCCACAGUCAUUUAUCCGUUAUCCGAUGAAGUUAUUGCUUUGCUUGCAGGAUGUUCACGACCGGACGCGGAUCAAUUUUCGCUCGGUGAUGAGAAAUCGCUCGUAUCAUCCUUGCGAACGCUGCUUUGGAACUCACCACAACUCUGGCAGAGUUCUGUAAGAGGCAUGGUGGUUAAGUGCAACGAAAACGUUAUUGCCAAGGUCAUAAAUGGGAAUAGGGAUUACACGGAGUACACUAGCAUGCAAUUUCUUGAGAAGCGGGCGCCCCAAAUUCCUGCUCCGAGGCCCCAUGGGCUGGUAGCAUUUGGCCCUUUUCGUGUGAUAUUCAUGUCAUAUGUUCCCGACAUGACUUUGACCCAAGCAUGGCCUAACCUGUCACAUGAGAACAAGCUUUCAAUCCAGCGCCAGCUUGAUGAUAUAUUUCGCAGUCUAAGACAGAUUCGACAGAAAGAGGGUACUAGUACACUUGGUGGAACUUGUGGAGAGGGAGUCAAGGAGCUAACGGUCGACGAAUGCGCCCUAUUCAAAGGCAUCACGACAACAAAAGAGUACAGUGAUCUACAAUUUUCGGCUCGUCAUCAUGGAAGUUCCACUUAUGUUGGACUUCUGCGCUCUUUCCUGGAACAUGACACCUCAACACUGGCACAUGAAUCGGUGUUCACCCAUGGCGAUGUGCGAACUGAUAAUAUAAUGGUGAAGCAAGAUCCCGGUUCUAGCGGCCAAUAUAUUGUCACUGGAAUCAUUGACUGGGAGGACAGUGGCUUCUAUCCGUUCUAUUAUGAGUGCACUGCGCUGACACGUACUAUGAGCCUGGUGGACGAAAAUGAUUGGUAUCUGUUUCUGCCGCAGAGCAUUUCACCGUCGAACUUUCCUGUGCGUUGGCUGGUUGAUCGGCUUUGGCAUAUACAUUUACGGACUACAUAA